AUGGCGACAGUCGACGCGAUCCUGGCGAGGGAACGCCGCAUAACGUUGGUGAGUUCCUUCGUCGGCCAGCUCCUGGGACACAUUGGGAGCGCCCUUCUCGGGUGGGUGCUGGAUUCCAUCACGUUUAAGAUCAGUCGCUUCUGGAUACCUCUGUUGUGCGUCUUUGCCAUCACCAACGGACGCCUCGCAAUCUUUCUCGGCCUCUUUGGCGACUGGCUCAUUGGCACUGAAGACACGACAUUCGUCUUCAGCCUGAUCAUAUUUGUCGCUUACGCCGCUCAACCUCUUGUUUUCCCCGACCUUGAUCUGCCCGCAACCGAGAUGUGGUAUGACCAUGCCCAGCGAGGACCGCUUACGCUGCCUACUUUUGUAAUCAGCUCUAUACUCUUUCACUACCCGCGAGGUUCCGUUGCCUUUGUUAAGGAUGGAUUUUACAAGGCUGUGACAGAUCCGCCCAGCAUUGGGCAGUUGAUGGACUGGUUUUGGGUGACCCUGGCUUGCGCGUCCGUUCCGCAUAUUAUCUACACAAAGCUCUGGCGCAGUCACUUCCUCAGACUCCUCACAGAUAUGACAUGGAGGUUCGUCGGAAAGUCUUUCUACGACCUCAAAACUUCCUACGACCUCAAAAUACGCAGGUCAUUACCGGCCAGUGGUGAAGAUCUGUCACGUCCUUUUGAGCACCCAGCCUUGCAGAACGACUGGGACAUUCGACUAUUGUACAUUCUGCCACGGGGCAAUUCGAGCAAGAUCAGUUGCAAGCUUGUCACUGUCGACAUUGGCCAGCGCCAUCCCACCUAUCAGGCCAUGUCAUACACAUGGGGCGAUCCGACCAAAACGCACAUAAUAUGGGUGAACGACAAGCCAUUCAAGACGACGCAAAACGUCUACAACCUACUGCUCGACAUGAGCCCAGUCUUCGAACCGCGCAGGAUCUGGAUCGACUCGAUCUGCAUCAACCAGGAAGAUAACGCGGAAAAGGCCUGGCAGGUGAGCAUCAUGCACCAUAUCUACAAUGCCGCCUCCCUCGUGACGAUAUGGCUCGGCGCCAGCGAAGAUUCACACAUCGCCAUCGACCUCGUCCUCGAGCUGUCGCACUACAUCAAAACAUACACACCAACAGACAAGGAGCUCUUUCUGAAGUACGUCCACGAGCGGCGCACGCCACGUUGGCUCGCCAUCGGCAAGAUCCUCGCGCACCCCUACUUCACCCGCAUCUGGAUGGUGCAGGAGAUCGCCGUCAACAAGAUGCUGCACGUCGUCUACGGGCGCGAGACGAUCAAGUGGGAGACGCUCGCGCCCAUCAUCCUCCGCCUCAUCCUCUCGUUCGAGUUCAGCGUCAUGAUUGAGGACUCGAGCGUGCUGGGCGAGACGAACGCACCCAUUGGCGCCACCAAUGUGGUGCUGCUGUCGAGCAUCCGGAAGCGAUACCACAGGGAAGAGAUGGCGCUGUCGGCCCGCUCCUUCACUGCUUGCCGAGAUGGCGCGCAUCCGCUCGUCGCGCCGGAUUACACCAAGACGCCCGAAGAGGUCUUUAUCAACGCGGCGCGGUUCGUCUACAUGCAGGUAGACACGCUGCACGAAAUCCUGCCCUGCAGCGGCGUGGGGUGGGCCGCGUCGCCUGACUGCGCUGCCGUCUUGGGUGCCCGACUGGUCGAUUACCGGGCGGUCUGUCAUUGCCGCAUUGCCGAAGGGGAAGAGGGCGUAUCAGACCUCCGGCGGGCUCGUGAACAGAGGGCCCGUCGUUCAUGA